UUCAGACGCCAAAUAGUGUUUCGUCACGUGAUUCAUGAAAACGUCAAGGUGUGUUUUGUAGCACGAGAGUGGCGCAAAAGUUUUUUCCUAUGAACUGGCAGAGGCAAGAAGUGGUUCUUCUGUAAUUAGCGACCUGGAUGAAAACAUAAAGAAACAUUUCGUAAUUUCCAGAGAACAACUGUCGAAACCAAGACGAAGAUCUAUUUAGCGGUAGGAGAAUGGAGAUUGAGAAGAGGACAAAUGGAUUUGAGUACACUGACCGGAGCAAGUCAAUUAAUGGCUUCUAUGCAGACCACGGUCUCCAUGCUGAACCGAGCGAUGGGAUGGAUGUAAUCAAUGAACAUCACUUAGAUGAUCAGGCUGACCCGCGCUUGUGCCUCAUCUGUGGCGACCGUGCGACGGGCCUGCACUAUGGCAUCAUCUCCUGCGAGGGCUGCAAGGGCUUCUUCAAGCGCAGCAUCUGCAACAAGCGCGUCUACCGCUGCAGCCGCGACAAGAACUGUGAGAUGUCACGCAAGCAACGCAACCGCUGCCAGUACUGCCGCCUGCUCAAGUGCCUACAGAUGGGCAUGAACCGCAAAGCAAUCAGAGAGGAUGGAAUGCCAGGGGGAAGGAAUAAGAGCAUUGGACCUGUCGAGAUUUCGAAUGAAGAAAUGGAGCGCAUUAUGACAGGCCAGGAGUUCAAGGAGGAUGCUGGUUUGCCAGAGCACACCUGGGGAAAUAACGGGGACAGCGACCACAGUUCCCCCGACAAUGGUGUCUCCGAGGGCAACCAACCCUCGCCGGUCUCCACCCUGUCGUCCAGCAAGUCCCUGGAAAUGAAUAGCUACACUGCUACCUACCGGGACCAGUACGUGGGCACGCCCGUGUCCUCACACUACAAGUUCCUGCCGCACCUUUUUGGUUAUGCCCAGUCAGUCCUUAGGCCCACCCUGGCCCGCAGCCUGUACUCCCAAUCACAGACCCUGGUCUCCCAACUGGUGGCAGCUGAGGACCUGGCCCCCCUGGGGACCCCCAUGCUCAUAGAAGAUGGGUACAGGGUGACCCAGGGGGAGCUGUUUGCCUUGCUCUGUCGGCUGGCAGACGAGCUGCUGUUUCGGCAGAUCUCCUGGAUCAAGCGGCUGCCCUUCUUCUGCGAGCUGUCCAUCGAGGACUACACCCUGCUGCUCAGUGCCACUUGGCAGGAGCUCAUCCUGCUCUCCAGCCUCACCAUCUACAGUGGCCAGAUGUUCGGGGACCUGGCCAACGUCACCACCAAGUACUCACCCUCUGACUACGAGCUGCAAGGGUUUAGUGAAGAUGGAAUGGAUGUGAUGGAGAGACUGAUAUACCUGUUCCGCAAAUUUAAUCAGCUGAAGGUUAGCAAUGAGGAGUAUGCCUGUAUGAAAGCUAUCAACUUCCUCACCCAAGAUAUCCGAGGGCUUACCAACGUUUCUCAGCUGGAGAAGCUGAACAAGCGCUACUGGUAUGUGUGCCAGGACCUAGCUGAGUACAAGUACCCUCACCAGCCCAAACGCUUCCCUGAGAUCAUGAUGUGCCUCCCUGAGAUCCGCCACAUUGCCGGGAAGCUAGUGAACGUUCCGUUGGAACAGCUCCCCCUGCUGUUUAAGGCCGUCCUACACUCCUGCAAGUUCAGCCCCAACACCCUCCGAGCAGGCACCACCACCUGCCUGACAACAGGCCUCAUCCCCGGCAACUGAGCCACGCCUCUCAAAACCCACCGUUCACCUGAAGGAGGGGGGGACCCCCUUCUUUCUUUUGUGAAUGUGACAGAAUUGUUUUUCUAAAUGUAUUUAUUACACGACAGAUCUGAAUGUAUUCUCAUCUACGCAGAGCACACGCCUCUGCAAUAAGAAAUGCACAACCAAUGCAUCGUUCAGAUGUGUAAGUGCAGUUUACAAGUAUGUGAAGUGUUAACAUGGUAGCUAUUUUUCGUAUAGAUUUCCAGGAAGUUUUUAGUUUGUUUGGGGAUCCACUAGAAAACGCUGUUGUAACUGAAAGACUACCUCAGGAAGUGUUUGUUGUGUUUUCAGUGGACAUAUGCCUGUGUCAGUGAAAAGAUAACUUCAGCAGUCUUUGGUAUGUUUGUACUAUCCUCAGCUACAGUAAAGUACAUGAGAUAUACUUCCCCAAUGUGUUUUUUAAAAAAUCAAUGCGGCGUUAAUGAUUGUUACCAAAGGUCUCUAAAGAUACACUCAGUUACUAAGUGUAGUUGAAUUGAGUUUUAAUAUAUACUACAUGCUAUACAUUUAGCUUUUUAAGAUUAGUUACAUUUAUCAUGGUGGGGGUGGUGUGGUUUCUCAGGUGGCAUUGGUAUAUCUACUCCCAACACGUCUGCCAAUAGUGACAGAUGAGAUGUCCCAAGCUGCCUUCACUGAUGCCUUGUUUCCCAUCACUAGUAAUGUCAACAUAAAGUGGCGGCAAAUUCAAGCCUCUUUUUCAUUUACAUUUCUACUCAAGCCCUUUAGCGAGUAGAAAUUCAAUUUAGUCAAAAUUGAUACGGGUAUUUUUAAGGGGAAUGGUAAGUGGAAGUGAAGGAGAAUCUUUCAUGUUUCCAACUACACUUGAAAGAUUUUCCGAUGGAAGAUUGCAUUUCUUGAUCAAUCAAUUAAUUAACUGAAGGACCACUCUGGGAUUGGUGAUGAUAGGCCAGUAAAGUGUUACUGUCCCAGUCGACCUUCUCCUGAGAUGUACCAGUUACUCCAGAUGCCUGGGAGGACGAGAAGUGCAAUAUGCACACUGUUGAAAACCCAGGGUGUGGGUGUGUUUUUUUUUUUAAAUAGAUGUGAAAUGCUGCCAAUAGUGGCAAGCUCAGCCAUAGUUCAAGAGUAUUGUUGUUGUGCAUUCUACUCUUUCAAGAGACAUGUUCAAAGCAAAAUCCCACCUGUGACCUCUAGGGUCACAGGGAUUGUUAUGUCUGCAUGUGCAUCAACAAAAAUGUUGCAGCUGCCAGUUAAUGUUUUCUGUGAUAUUUUCUCACUCGAGUUCGUCAGAAGUUGAGUUCUAAACAGGGUAAGGCGGAAGUUUGGUGUACUGCACUCAGAAGUUACUCAGGAUCACUUUGUUGAAUUGCGCGUUUAGUAUUAGUAGUUGUAGGUUUUGGGGGACGUCGUAAGUAGCCGUCUUGUCUUUUGGGGUCUUUUUUUUCUGUAGGGGAGUUGUUGUAUUUGUGUGGGUGUUUGGACUAUAUGGAAUAGAAUACGAUUUUAAUGGACUAAUAAGGACACAAUUUGGGUUCUGAAUUGAUGUAAGGCUCUGUGGUUAGACUCAUAUUCACUUGUAUUCUCAGGUGUGUUACAAACAAGGCAAAAAAAGGACAAUAUGUUUUUUGAGCAAAGUGCAGCAGUGACCAGACUCAGUCAGUUAGAAGUGUUACAUCAGAACUGUAAGGAAAUACAUGUUGUAAGGGCAAACUGGCAUCAGAUCCAUGGAGUGCACCCCUCCCCUUCAAAGCAUUCCAAAUCCAACUGAAUGUAUGUGUUAUAUCUAUUGAAUGUUUACAUAUUUGCACCAGACAAUGAUUUAAGUGAAGGGACUGUGCCAGAGUUGAUGGUUUUGCUAUAGGUCCUCAGUCGGAGCCAGUUGUGGCAUUUUGACUAGAAGUGCCUCUAUCGUAGCCAUUCUGUCAACAUCUUGGAUACACAUGUCUUUGAACAAACUGGGAAUUGAUGCGUAUUCGUAAGUGAAUUAAUCACAUCUAUUCAAUGUCCCGCUUUUGUCUGUUUUUAUUCAACUUUUAACAUUUGUAAUUUACUUGGAAUGUAUUUUGUUGUUUUCUAAGAAUGUUUUGCAUAUCAAUUAGAUUUGAUUGUUUGAAGUGAAGGUGACUAGGAUUUUUCUUUUUUUUAAGUCAGUGGCUGAAUCUCAAAUCAUUCCCUUUACCGCACCCCCCUGGCCAGCCAUUUGCACAUACACGUGUGCCUCUGCCAUAUGCAUAAGUGUCCCAAAGCUGAGGGAGUGGAAAUGAUCAAGGGUGUUGGGGCUAAUUAGACCCUUCUAUAGCCACUUCGACCAAGCCAGAAAGGCUGCAGGCUCCAGAGGGAAGUGCUAUCCGGGGAGGGGGACAGGAGUCUAUCACCGGCUGGGCUGAAUGCGUCGACACCUAGAGGUAAUACGACGUCAGGAAGAACUACGCCCUCUAGUGGUCUAGGCGCCAACUUGAAGCACCGCGAAAUGUUAGGAGUUUGCAUAAUUUCAUACAAAAGAGUGGACAAGUGUUCCUAAUUAUAUAUGUGCAUUUGUUUGUGUCUCUUUCUGAUGCUUGACACGUAAAAUAUGAAACAUCUCCCAAAUUAAAUGUUUGACUGUUGUGGUCAUUAUAUUGUAAAACAACGAGGAAUUGUAUCAUUUUGAAUUUCAUGCCCGUUUUAUUAUUUAAAUGUUGAUCUGGAAUUGCAUCGUUCAAGCUAACGCCGAGACCCUUAGUAGUUCUUCCUGACGUCGUAUUACCUCUAGGUGUCGACGCAGUCAGCCCAGCCGGUGAUACACUCGUGUCACCCGGCGAUGAGCAGCUACAUAAAGCAUCCUCCAUUCAUGCUGCAAAGGCGUCGGUUUCCUCCUUAACUAGCUUUAAUGGCGAGCAGCCCUAAAAUACCUGGGAAAAUAUGCAUACUGUCUUAAUAAAACACAAUUUUCUACCACCAUGAUGCUACUUCCGGACGUUGCAUGCAGCCUUCAGACAGGGGCAAACAACAGACUGGUGCAACCUAGCAUGGUGGAGGAAAAUUGUUUAAUUAAGACAGUACGCAUAUAUUCCCAGUUUUCUUUAGGGCUGCUCGCCAUUAAAGUUAGUCUAGGAGGGAAUCGUCACAUUUGCAGCCUAAACGGAGGAUGUUUUAUGUCGUUUCUAGUCAAGGGGGGACACUAGCAUAUUACCGGCUGGGCAGAUCACCGUGGGACGUCAGAGGGCAAACGACGUCAAAAAUAAUAUUGCCCUCUGACAGACCUUGGGGCUGCAUUCAAGUCACGAGUGUGUCCCAAAGUUGAUGGGUUUAUUGAGCCCCUCUUUACUCUCGUUUCGUCAAGUGACAAUUGAGGGUCCUCCGAGUGAGUUGGUAGUGAAAAAGUGAGAGCCGGUUUGGGAUAUAACUAGUAUUCUGUCCCAGUCAUUUACCAGAAACAAGGUAGACAUCUUGGAGAUGCAUGGUUUGCGAUGCAUGUGUUGGCCUGUAGGUAGGUGCUAUCUGUCAGUGGUGCCCAGUUUAAGGGGCAUCCUGCAGCUCAGGGAUUCAAAUUGACAGGGAAGCUCUGCUUUGGUUCAUGGUUGACAUGUUUGAUAUUUGUUGACCGGUGUGUGUUUUAAUGGAUGUUGGCUUUAUAAUUGAGGAACCUUUUAAUCUUGCUCAAUUGCAUCCUGCAGCUCAGGGAUUAAAAUUGACAGGGAAGCUCAUCUUUGGUUCAUGGUUGACAUGUUAGAUUUUUGUUGACCUGCGUGUGUGUGUGCCUUUUUAAUCUUGCUCAAUUUAAGUGGUAACGGUCCCUAACCACUAAGUGUCAAAAAGAAUAGGGCCAGAUCAUCACAACACCUUUGCCUCUGACACAAACAAUUACAUUUACGCUCAUAACUCUUUACUCUGCUGUGCUGUGUUACAAUCAACACUUUAUUUUAUUUGAGGGAACACUAUUGGGGUCUUAUGCAUAAAGCCAUUAUACACUUUAUUGAAGUGGUGACUAACAACCUCUCGCUUAUUUUCAAUACGUAUUUGUCAACAUCGUUUUUCUCAUUCUCUUUGAUAGAAUGUAUCAAUCAAAAGAAAGGCUUUUGAAUUGCAGUGAUAUCAGGUGUCAUAUCAUGUUUUAGGGGGGCACAAUGCUUUGUUUGUUUAUGUUGUUCUGGGUUUAAAAAAGUUGCAGGCAGAGAAAUUAAAAAGUUAAGAUGUGAUGUUCUACUGUAACAUGUUGUUUCUUAAAGCUACAAUCCUUUGAAAUAAUAACAAAGGGACACCCCACCUCUGUUUUGGUAAAAAUCUGAGGGAUGGGCCUGGAGAAGUGUUACCACUCUCAAAUUCAUAGACAGAGCUAUGGAUGCAAGGACUGACCAUCCCAUGAUAUAAACAGUCUAGUUUUUGCCAUGUUUUGAGGCUAUAAAGUGUUUUUUAAAUAUAUUUUCUUUGUUUACAAACAUCGGAGCAAAACAAGCUACGUUAUAUUUUGGAUUCUGAUGGGGUACAACAAUUGAACUCAUGAUGCGUUUAUAAGUACAAAUGUUCAAGAAUCAAUGGCCUAUGUAUCAUUAAUCCGUGAGGCCAAAAAUUGAUGUUGCAACUAAGGAUUCUAGCUUUAACCUCCAACAUGGGUUUAUAUACUUUGUGUCCAUGUGUCUGCCCUGACUGUAACUUUGACUACCUGUGGCUAUCAGAGCAAUACGUGUUCAAAGCAUGCAUAGAAUGUCAGGACUUGAAACUAAAUAAACAUGAACCUUAUGCAACUGAGA